AUGUCAGGUAUCAAUAUAAACAUCAAUCUGAAUCUAGAGAAGAAUAAGUAGAGUUAUAUUUAUAAACUAGAGAGUUGCCAAAAGCAAAGGUGAAAAACAUUGUGAUGAGGAACCAAAGAAAAAGAAAAAGAAAUAAGGGAAAUCAAAAUAAAGUAAUUAAUCACCACUUCCUUGGGGAUUGAAUCAAGAAAGACUUAAGAAUUAUAUCUUUGCCUAAUUAGAAAAGAGAGACAACCUAUUGUAUCAAUAAUAGAUGAGAAAAGGUAAAGUAGAAGAACCAAAGUAAGAUCGUAGAGAGAUUUUAGGAGUCUCGUUUUUGAAUCAUCUUCCAAAAAGAAAAAUAAAAUAGAUGAUAAAUAGUAAAUAUUUAUUUUGAUAUUGUUUAGAAUAGAAGGUAAAUGAAAAUGAAGAAUAAAUACAAUAUUAGCCAAAAUUUAAUGAAUAAUAAUUACAUGAAAUUAGAAUGUAUAAAGAAUGGAAGAGAAGAUAAAUUUAAUUUGAUUUGCAAUUCAAAAAACAACAAGAAUAAUAAAGAUAAACUAAAAUAUAAUAAAACUUAUAGAAUUUAAACGAAUAUAUUAAAUGUAAAUAAAAUAUUAUAAUUUACAAUAGAUAGAAAUCAUACUACAUCUGUACAUUAAAAAAAGUCAGUGUCUUUUCAUAAAAAAAAAAGAACAAAAUCAUCAAUGGCAGAAAAGAAAAGAGAAUUGAUUAUUAAAUAUUAAAAUUUAGCCAAUCGAUAUGCUUAAAUUAAUGGAGAACCUAAAGAUAAUUAAAGUUGUUUUGGUUUAGUAUUGGAUAGUGAUCAAGAAGGUAUAUCUUAAAUGGAUUCAAUACAUAAAAGUACAAGAAGAUAGAAUGUUAUAUCUGAACCAACUUUAGAUGAAGAUGAAGAAUAAUAAAUACAAGAAUUGGGAAAUCUUGAAAAAGAAAUGGCAUAAAUUGUUAAGGCUGCAAUAAUUAUUUAAAAGAUCUGGAGAGGUUAUAAAACAAGAUAAAUAUUAUAAUAUUAUAAGAAUUAUGUAGAAGAUGAUGAUGAUGAUGAAAUUAAAUUAGAUUAAUUAANAUGA